UUCAAAGUGAUUACUCCAGUCUUUAUCUGACUUUGUUAAAAAAGAAAAUCUGUUCAUUGGUUCAAAAAUGAGAAAACAAAUUAGUUGGACAAACAUUACAACGAGAAGUCAACAAGAAAAGUUUUUUUUUCCAUUUUAGUGAUCCCUGUCAAAUAUUAUCAGCACAACAAAAACUUUAUUUCAAUAAUUUCAUAUUUGUUUCUUCAGGUUGCAUCGUAAUGUUUCAUUAUAUAUAGUUUUGGGUCAGAUUUAAUGCAUUUUAAUAUGACAAAGCCAUAGAAGUAUGUCGUACACAGAAUUACAUUUAUAAAAAAAAAGUUAGGUAAUUCAAUUUGAACUACCAACAUAUUGCAACGUUUAACAAUCAUUAUUUUUCAUUACUGAUGCAACAUAAUCUUAAUAUUACUGAAAUGACACAAAGACAUGCUGCUGUAGUAUCCACUUCACUGCUGAAAUUAACCUGCAAGAGUUAGACCAGAACCAACAAGCCAAGUAUAUUGAUUUCUUGUAAAUGGAAUAAAACAGCAGUGGUGCUGUAAUGAAUAAUUGAAUUACAUGCAGUGGGAUCCAUUGGACUAUGAAAUCGGACAUGACCGAUUGAUCAAAGCACGGAGGAAAACCUAUUGAUCUGCAAAGUGUAUCCUCUGGGGAAACAGAACUCUAAAAAUACAUUGCAGAGUUUAGCUGCCAUGAGGACAGUUGCACAUACUGGAAGAACAUUGUGUAAACAUUUACUAGUUAUAUGUCCAGGUCAGAAGUAUGCAUUUAAAAGCUCAGAUAGGCAAUUUAUUCUAGUUUCAACUCCAGCAGUUAGCAGCUGCAGCUCACCCAAUAAGCCUCACAUGCAGCCACAUUAUCACCUUCGUUCCCUUGCAUUCCUUAAUUGACCAUCCCUAUAGGGAAGGCUUACAUCUAUGGGCUGUAUACAGGUCUCAGGUUGUGCCCCUCCCCUGCUCUAUUCUGUAACAUCUACCGAUUGCCUUUUUUAAGAUUAAAAGUAUUAAGAACAGCAUUGUGUCUCCUACUUCAUCUACCUAUGCUUUAAGAAGCGUUGAAGCAAGUGCAGUCAAAAUGCAACAGAAUAGAUUUUUGUUUUUAAACUCGUGACAUGCUUAAUGAGCUCAAAAUGAGUGAAGUGGUGUUGUAGAGGAGACCCUGUAAUUUUCUAGUGAGAUUCGAUGUUACUGUGUAGCGCGACACAGCUGCAGCUUCAUGCAGGAGAGUCUUACAACUGUGUCGAAUGCUAUACAAUCCUACAAUUUAAGCAUGUGUUCUUAAACUUCUAAUAAUGUACAACCAUCUAUUUAAACCUUAGGAAUGAGACAACGCAUAUAGGCUAUGAUCAUUGACUUUGUAAUGCAAUGAUUAUCUACCAUGACUUGGUGCUGGUAGUGAAAGCCAGCACAGGAACAGCAUCAACUCUUCUCAAUCACUUUUGUGUCCUGUCCUUAGUUUUACCAAAGAUGAAAAAAAAAAAACAACAGACUGAGCACCAAUUGAACAUGUUAGUGCCCUGCUGUGCCUUCAUGGCCCGUGGGGAUUCUGUUCACCAGCACUCACUUCAUUUCAUUGGAAUGUAAAAUGCAAAAUCAAUUUUGCCAUCUAUAACUUCUGCACAAACAUCAAACGGCUUUAUCUGGGUUGGAACAGAAAGCAGGGUCUGAUCGGGGGUGAAGCGUAGUCUGAUGUAGCUUCAGAAUGUUACCAGGAUGAAAAAAAGAAUGGAGCGAUUCAAUGUUUUUAUACAUACACAUCUGUAUUUAUAGCUGGAUUUAAUGGUAAGUGUUUACGUACUUAUGCUCUUCCGUGCAGGUGGGUAUGGGGGUCCUCUCCCAAUGCGGGUGCAGGUGGGUAUGGGGGUCCUCCCUCAACGCGGGUGCAGGUGGGUAUGGGGGUCAUCUCCCGGCGUGGGUGCAGGUGGCACCCCCCCCCCACUGGAAACGAAUUACAGGAUUUAGCAGGGGUUUUUAAUUCUGUUAACUGUUGCGUGAUUAAAAUAAAUACAAAUAACAAUAAAUAAUGGAUUGGUAUUUACUUGAACAACGUAGCUUGAAAGUAAAAGUCCAGUAAAUAAAUAUCAAGUUCUAGGUAUAUGAAAUGGAAAAAAGUAUUUUCCUUACUUCAAAUGGAAAAAAACUAAUGUUGAAACGGAAAAUCACUUUGGUGUACAAAUUACACAUACAAAUGGUUUAUUAAUGUAGAUUGCAUGCACUCUAUUUAAGACUUUAAAAGUAAUACUGUAGCUCAAUUUUGCCAGAACGUGUCGCCACGAGAGGCACUCAGAUUGAUGAGGGAACUAUACAGCUGGUGAGUGUAUAGGAGUAAAAAGUUUCAAAGAGAAAGCAAAUGUAGAGUUAACCCAUUCAUUAAUUCCUACAUUUCUAUACUGUGUAUCUAUGCUUGCACCAUGCCUUUUAGCACCCUAUAGGGCAUGUAAACACCGGUGCUUCGCAUUGCAUCGCUUUUUAUUUUAUUAUUUUUACUUGACGCGCAGUAGACAGUGCCACACCAACGCGUCAGUUACCUUUCACAGGUAAAAAAAAAAAAAAGUACUUUAUACUAAGCAUUUCAUUUAGCGCGAAAAUACCCUCCCCUCUUCCACUGUUGCUAUGCAAAGAAAAUAAGGCUGUGUUUUGGGAAGACAUCAACAGAGGAGGAGGAAGAAGAGAUUCGUACUGUACAUACAUUUCCAUUGACUUGAACUUCUUAAAAAGGAAUUAAGAUAGUCUUCUAAAAAUAACGAACUUAAGUACCGUGCCUAUUUAAACAUAAAUAGAUAAUCACAGUAUGUGCUUAUGUGUAUUCAGGGGUGGGCAAUUCCGGUCCUGGAGGUCCGCUGUCCCUCCUGGUUUUAGUUCUAACUGUACCCUCAAUUACUUAAUUGGACCAAUUAAAUGCUUAUUAGAAGCUUAACUGGUUAAUUGGAACAAACACCAAGAUGGACACCGGCCCUGAAGAACUGGAAUUGCCCACCCCUGGUAUUUGUACGUGGGUGUUUGUGUGCGUGUGUGUUUUGUGUGUGUACUUUCUAUCUGCAUUUUGUGUCUAAACUGUCAAUAAUAUUAGAUCACAUUUAUAUUUAUGAAAAUUGUCUUAUUUAUAUCAAGCAGCCACAACAUUUACAACAUGCAGUAACAAAGCAUAAACAGUAUCUAUUUAAUGUUAUUAAAAGAUAGAUGUACUUACUAUAUAAAGUAAACAAGGACAGGGUGGGCUUUGUUUAUUUCAUUUCAGGGUUCAGUUAGUUAUACAUUGGAAACACUUUCUUUCAUGGCAGGUUAACACCCAGGAAUGCCAGACUAAAGAUGGGUGAUUGGAACUUCCUGGGAGGGAUUUUGGAGGAGGUGCACAUCCACUCCACCAUCGUCGGGAAGAUCUGGCUGACGAUCCUCUUCAUCUUCCGCAUGCUGGUCCUCGGGGUGGCAGCUGAAGAUGUGUGGAACGACGAGCAGGCUGAGUUUAUCUGCAACACGGCGCAGCCUGGGUGCAGGAAUGUCUGCUACGACAAGGCUUUCCCCAUCUCGCUCAUACGCUACUGGGUUCUGCAGGUCAUCUUUGUCUCCUCACCCUCGCUGGUGUACAUGGGCCAUGCCUUGUACAGACUGAGGGCCCUGGAGAAGGAAAGACAAAAAAAGAAGGCACAACUUCGAAGAGAGCUGGCUUUGGACAUAGACCUGGUCGAAGUGCGAAAGAAAUUGGAGCGAGAACUUAGACAACUGGAGCAAAGGAAGCUGAACAAAGCCCCGCUCAGAGGAUCUCUACUCCGCACGUACGUGAUGCACAUCCUUACGAGGUCUGGGGUCGAAGUUGGAUUCAUGGUCGGGCAAUAUUUCCUCUAUGGCUUCCAGCUUGACCCACUCUUUAAAUGUGAGAGGGAACCGUGUCCAGAAGUAGUCGACUGCUUUGUGUCACGGCCGACUGAGAAGACGGUGUUCAUGAUGUUUAUGCAGUGCAUAGCAGCGCUUUCGCUGUUCCUCAACAUUCUUGAAGUCAUCCACUUAGGAUACAAGAAGCUAAAAAAUGGAAUUCUGGACUAUUAUCCAAACCUUAGAGAUGAUUUGGAUGAUUAUUAUGUGAGCAAAUCUAAGAAGAACUCUGCGAUACAACAGGUUUGCAUUGGGAUGCCUACGGGACGCAAAGCCACCAUUCCCACGGCACCCAGUGGGUACACCCUACUAAUGGAGAAGCAAGGAGAUGCCCCAAUUUACCCCAUCCUGAACCCGUCUUCUGCUUUCAUGCCCAUUCAGGGUGAUCCAAAUGGGAACACAAAGAGCUGUCCAGAAAGCCACAAGGAGAACUCAAAUCAGAGCGCUGGGGAACAGAACAGCAGCUCAAACAAUACAGCGCAAAGCAAGUCCCCUGAGGCCAACAGCCUGCCAAAGCAGGGGGAACAAGAUGAUCAUUCCCACGGCACAGCGUGCCAUUCCGGUGGGGAGCGUCUUUCUGAAGGUCCUGGGGAAUCCGGAUCCUCCUUGUACCCGACGCUCCAGGGGGAGCUGUCAUCCUGCCCGACCAUGCAGGUCAGUUCCAGCCGGAAGCCGCGACGGGUCAGUGCUCCGUGGAACUGCACAACGCUGGUGGAAAGCAAUGGAUCCAACGGUGACGGGGCUGUCAGCAGCAGCCACAAGGGAAGAUGCAGCUUCAGUGCCACUAAGGCUAGGCCGGCGUCUAAGUCUGACCUCAAAGGACUCAGCCGGCCAGAUACCCCGGACUCAAUUGGGGAAUCAAGCUCAGAGUCGAAGCAGAGCCAUAACUGUGACAGCCCACAGGCCCUCUCCCCCACUCGGCGAAUGUCAUUGGCAAGUAACGCCAGCAGCAGGCGCGCCCCCACCGAUCUUCAGAUCUAAGCAUCACCAUACUGCAGAUUUCCACCAUCAUGAAAAAGAAUUGACAUAGUAGUGGCCUACAGCUCACUGAACAGUUUAUGUACAAUACAUACAUAUUUAAUGGCUAUUUGGAAUAGUCACUGAUGCACUCACACACUAGGUGACAAGGACUCAAUACCGUUUUGUUAAGCCUGUUGUGCCCAACUAUUAUUUUAUAAUGCACAGUUUCACUUCUAUUUAGCAUGCUUUUUUUAAAUCUGUAGAAUUCCAUGCUGGAUUACACAUUAUUGACAAAUCAUGACAAAAUAAAAUAAAAAUAAAAAUAAAAAUGCUUUUGCUGUGAUUUUGUUUUCUUUUACAUCUCAAACUUCAAAAUUAAGAGGAUUUAACCACAACCUUGUGACCUUAAGGUUUUUAUCCUGCAGAAAAAUGAAUGCCAAGGGAGGCGCUUUUCUUUAAAAGACAGAUCAGAUGUAAAAUAAUUAACUACC